UUCUCUGGCCAUGAGGAUGCUAUUCAUAAUCCCAAUCAUCCCUGAAGUCCUUUGCAACUUUUUGCCACUUAAGCCUCUUUGCAUGCAGUUCGCUUCUCAUUGAGGAAAGUGUUCUGAAUCACCUGUGCAAUGUGCAACAGCUCGUUUUUGAGAGGGAGCUUAAAGAGGUUGCUUUUUCCAUAGAAUCCUAGUUGCAGUUCAUAGAAUGUAAAUUCUGAGAUUGCAUUUUCUUUAUUUGCCAAUCAUUCUCGUGCACGUUUGAGGAUGGUGAGUUUGUUACAUGGGGAGAGCAAGCGAAAGGGAGGUUAGAAACUUGGUUGGUCUUUAGCGUAUUGGCUUGGCGACAUUGGUCCUUUCUAGCUUCCACUGAGCGUUCGCAACGUGCUCCAGAGCCAGAAAGUUCUCUAAAACCCUGAGAUGCGAGCUCGUCUUGGUGUAACUUGUAGUUUGACAACGACUGUCACGGGGAAGAGAAGACAUGCAGACAUCCACCUGAAAUCUAGGGGUGUAAACAGAUGGCUCGCAUGGAUUGCAUUCGAAAACCCGCAUUAUCCAAGGCACUAAAGAGCGUUGGAUUUUAUGCAUCAUUGCAGAGGAGAUGGAUUUUAGUGGUGAUUCUGGUCCUUGAAGUGUUGAUUCCAGGCAAUGACGCUGUUGUAGGAAACCAUGCGGAUAUAGACACGUACAUAGUGGUGAUGGAAGAUCUGCCUAUUGUGGGAUACAAAGGGGGCAUUCCUGGUUUGAGAGGCACAGCCAAGUACUUCACAAACAACUGGAAGAAACAUCAUCGAAGAGACCAUGUUAAGGAUCUGGUGCGGAAGUAUCAAUCACACUUGAUUCAAAAGCAUCAUACACUACUUGAGGACCUCUUUGAGGAGCACAGCUUCACCAAGCUCUACAGCUUUACUCAUAUUUUAAACGGGGCUGCUGUACGACUAACCUCUCACCAGGCUGCAGUAUUGACCAAGCAUCCCUCAGUGGUGCGGGUUGAGAAGAGCUACACAGUGAAGAAGGCAACGAUUCAUACUCCAGAUUAUCUCGGGCUACCCCAGGGAAUAUGGUCAGAAUUAGGUGGAGUCGCAGGUGCAGGAGAGAACGUCAUUAUUGGAAUAGUAGACACAGGUAUCGAUCCCAAACAUCCUAGUUUCUCAACUUCGGGACAGAAGCCUUAUGGUCCUCUAAAGAAGUAUCAAGGAGUGUGCGAGGUUGCCAAAGAAUUUCCUGCUGGUUCUUGUAACGGCAAAGUCAUUGGAGCUCAACAUUUUGCUGCUGCUGCUAGUCAAGAUGGCGUAUUUAAUGCCUCCCUUCAUUUUGCAUCCCCUUUGGAUGGUGACGGCCAUGGAAGUCAUGUAGCGUCUAUCGCAGCUGGAAACUGGGGGGUGCCAGUCAUUGUCAACAAUGUCACAUAUGGUAAAAUUAGUGGCAUGGCUCCAAGAGCGCGGAUUGCAAUUUACAAGGCAUUAUAUCCUUUGAUCGGGGGUUUCAUACCGGAUGUUAUCAAAGCCUGCGACAAGGCUGUUGAGGAUGGAGUGGAUAUUCUGAGCCUGUCUCUUGGUCCAAACAGCCCACCUGGAGGUUCAACAAGUACAUUUUUGAAUAUCCUAGAUGUAGCACUCCUUAAUGCCGUCAAAGCGAACAUACUUGUUGUUCAAGCUGCUGGAAAUGGGGGUCCUUUUGCUAAGACGGUGACAUCAUUUAGCCCCUGGGUACUAUCUGUAGCGGCGGGAGUUGAUGACAGGACUUUUCCGAACUCUAUUACACUUGGAGAUAAAAAGGUUCUGAAAGGAACUGGACUAGCUCCGGCGACAAAAGGUCCAGGAUUCUAUCGUUUGGUUUUAGCUGCAGAUGCAACGCAAGGUCAAGGUAGUCCGCUAUUCUCCCCGAGCGAUUGCCAAGAGCCUUCUUUAUUCAACAGAGCUGUUGUCAGUGGUUCACUCCUCAUUUGCACAUACGGCUUCAGUUACAUCUUUGGGGGCAGUACAUUGCAACAAUUAGUUAAGACUAUUGAAGCUGUCGGAGCAGCUGGGGUGGUGUUGAUUGUGGACAGUGAUGGGCCUGGCAGUAAAUUUGACCCUGUGCCCCUCCGAGUGCCAGCCAUUGGCCUUCUAAACCUUGCUGAUUCAACGGCCCUUCUGAGUUACUAUCAAACAAAUACAAAGAAGGAUCAAACCGGGAAAGUGGUCUCAUUUGGAGCAUCUGCAAAACUAGGAAAUGGACAAAUCAUAGGUUACACUGGCGUGGCUCAAAAAGUAGCCAUUUUCUCCUCGAGAGGACCAGACGUGAAAGAUUUUGACUUCAAUGAAGCCGAUGUCCUGAAACCAAAUGUCUUGGCACCCGGCUUUUUAAUCUGGGGAGCUUGGACCCCAAUCGGCAUUGACCAGCCUGCCUAUCAAGGUCAACAAUUUGCUAUGAUUUCGGGAACAAGUAUGGCAACACCCCACGUGGCGGGACUCUCUGCGCUGCUCAAAGAGAAAUAUCCAACGUGGAGCCCAGCUGCUCUCUCUUCAGCCAUAAUCACCACGGCUGACGUCCAAGAUAAACAAGGGCGAUCUCUUCUGUCUGAACAGCUGUCUGGAGGCUCGACACCUUUUCUGCAGGAUGCUACACCGUUUGAUAUGGGAGGCGGUGCCUUGAACAUCAAUGCUGCGAGAAAUCCAGGUCUCAUCUUCGAAGCAGGUUAUUUGGACUACGUGAGGUUUCUAUGCUCUGGAAACAUUUCCAACCCCAAAGAAGUGUUCGCUGCCACAAAGACUCCUUGCCCUCCAGCUCCUGGUAUGCCGUCUGACCUCAACACGCCGUCCAUCACCUUUGCUACUCUUGUGGAAGCCAAAACCGUCUCCAGGACUGUCACAAACCUCAUGGUCACUGGAGAAACUUACACCAUCACAUGGACAAAUCCGGCUGAUGUUGUCAUCACCGUCACUCCCUCACAAUUUACGAUUGGAAUUGGUCGUCAGAACAAGCAAACCAUCAACAUUCUUUUGCGAGUUACACUGGCAUCACAAAUGGCAUCAUUUGGACAAAUCAGGUUCAAGGGGUCCUUAGGUCAUGCAUUGCAUAUUCCAGUGUCCGUUGGAGUUAAGGAAAUUUGAAAGAGUGCACCUUUCCUAAUGUAACGCCAGGAUUUGUGCGGCUUAAUUGUCUUAAGAGAUCAGGCUCUGAUUACAGUUUCUGAUUCAUUGGGAUGUCUCAUGGAUCACGAGUUACCCUCCAAUUUUGUUUGGAGUGUGUACAUACAGAUCAUUUGGACUGUAUACAAUUUUGUUUGGAGUGUGUUCAUACAGAA